AUGCCCUUAGUUCGCAAUCCCAUCUUGCCCGGCUUCAAUGCCGACCCGUCAAUACUACGGGUCGGCAGUGACUAUUACAUCGCUACAUCUACCUUUGAAUGGUACCCUGGAGUACAGAUCCAUCACUCUAAAGAUCUCGCAAACUGGGAGCUAGUCACGCGACCCCUGAACCGCAAGUCUCAAUUAGAUAUGCGUGGUGAUCCUGAUAGUUGCGGCGUAUGGGCGCCCUGCCUUACACAUGAUGGCGACAAAUUCUGGCUUGUAUAUACAGAUGUGAAGCGUAAAGAUGGUUCCUUCAAAGACACACCUAACUAUAUUGUCAGCGCUUCAUCGAUAGAGGGGCCUUGGUCUGAUCCCGUUUACAUCAACUCUUCCGGGUUUGACCCUUCUCUCUUUCACGAUGACGAUGGUAAGAAGUGGUUUGUAAAUAUGCUACAGGACCAUCGGCGUCGACCCCGUUCUUUCGCGGGGAUCGUCCUGCAAGAGUUUGAUCCUGAGGCUGGCAAGUUAGUUGGCCCGAAGAAAAAUAUUUUCCGUGGAACGGAGCUGGACCUUGUCGAAGGACCACACCUCUACAAGAGAAAUGGAUGGUAUUACCUCUUGACGGCCGAGGGUGGGACGGCAUAUCACCACGCAUGCACGCUGGCACGUUCCCGCGAUAUAUGGGGUCCAUACGACGUGCAUCCACAGAAGCAUAUUCUCACCUCCAAGGAUGCCCCGCUUGCCGCUCUGCAGAGAGCCGGUCAUGGUGAUAUUGUAGAUACACCCGAGGGGCGGACAUAUCUCGUACACUUGACAGGUCGACCAAUAACCCAGGAGCGUCGCUGUGUCCUCGGUCGCGAAACUGCUAUUCAAGAAGCCUUUUGGAAAGAUGACUGGUUAUUCGUGAAGAAUGGUCCUGUUCCUUCGCUCUACGUUGAUGUCCCUGGAGUGCGUGAUGACACCCAAUACUGGGCAGAGCAAAGAUAUACCUUCGAGAACGGAUUACACAAGGACUUUCAGUGGCUGAGGACACCUGAAACAGAACGCAUUUUUGCUACUCAGGAUGGAAAGCUUGUAUUAUUCGGCCGGGAGGCUAUUGGGUCGUGGUUCGAACAGGCAUUGGUUGCAAGACGACAGACUCACUUCUCUUAUGACGCCGAAACAACGAUCGACUUCUCACCAACCGACGAGAGACAAUUUGCAGGACUUACUGCAUACUACUGCCGCUUCAAUUUUUUCUAUCUUACCGUGACGGCCCAUUCCGACGGCCAAAGAGAACUACUCAUUUUGACAUCGGAGGGCUCUUGGCCCGACGGCAAACUUACCACACCCCUUGCAGACCCUGUGCAGAUCCCUAAUGAGGGAAAAGUAAGAUUAGCAUUAACGAUUCGCGGUCGCGAACUGCAAUUCUUUUACGCGUUACACGGCGAUGAGCUGAAGAAAAUUGGACCGGUUUAUGACGCGUCUAUUCUUUCUGACGAAUGUGGUGGACAUCAGGCCCACGGGAGCUUCACAGGGGCGUUUGUGGGAGUGGCGUGUUCCGAUGUAAACGGGACCGCGUUACCGGCUACUUUUGAUUAUUUCACGUAUUGUCCAGUCAAAUAUGAGACUGACAGAUAUGACGUUUGA